GUCUUGCAGUCGAUGCCCAAUAAUCUAAGUUCUGUUGGAAUUGCCCCAAACUUAUACCGGAUGCGCUUAUUUCUUGCCCCAUACACGCGAUUGCACGUGCAUACCUACGACUGUUAAGAUAUCAUUCAACACCUGCCGCAUACCGCUACACGUAUCUGAGCUUCAUGUUCUUCCUUUUUUUAAACACAGCAAAGCACCCAGCGCUUUUUACCUUUUACCUAAUUGCACAAAAACAAAACAAAAAAGUGGAAAAUGGAGCAAACACCUUAUCCAAAACAAAAAAAGCAUCGUGCGCACCAGUAAAGAGUUCAUGGUUAAGGGCGUAGGGCAGAUAGCCUCCGCAAAACCUUGACCAGCUAUCAUCGUUCCAGCCGCGCUAGGGUACUCGAAUGCUGCUGAUUUCGACGAAAGUGUGCAUUUGGAUGCGUCCGAAAACGUGCCGCGGAUUUCUAUCGCCCGCGAUGGUGCGGCUAUCUCACAUCCGUAUAUCCCCCGUUGGGUGGGUUCGUGCGUACGCUUAUAAAGCGCGUGCGGUCACUGGUGGCCACGGCUAUAAGGGUGGCCGACUGGCGGGAAAGCUGCCGAGUGUGUUGUGACCCGUUCCCGGACCCCGAUCCAGACGUAACGAUGCGUUCUAUUGGAGUUACGCUCAGCGCUGCUGGGUGCAGUGCCAUGCUGCUGUUGCUGGCAGUAGGCGGUACGCACUGUGGAACUGCCAGUGUCAGCUAUGCUGAACCCAACAAGAGUAAGUAGGCUGUGAUGAAGUGUUUUGCUCCAAGCAAGGCUAAUGUGUAUGUUGCUCCACUUCACACAGACGUCUGUUCCCCAUACGAAGUGCUGAAGUCAUCCGAGCCAUGCUGUGAGCCUACUUGUGAUGACGACUGUCUGCAUGCGAUCUGUCGCCGUGCACCGGAUGCCGCGUCCGUACCUACGUGCGUAUGUCGGCAGGGAUACGUGCGCCACGAUGGGUCCUGCAUAAGGAAGGAAUCGUGCCCUCCCCGAACCCCCGUAACCUACGAUUCGUACCGUCCGCAGAAGAACCCAUACUAUCACCGCCCUACACCACGUCCUAACUCGGUGCCAAAAUCUUGCGGUGCGAACGAACGGCUCACCCACUGUCGGCCAGCCUGCGAACCGACCUGCGAGAAGGACUGUGCCGGGGUGAAACACCCCCAGGUGUGCCACCCGGAACCGUGCUGCGUGUGCAAGGAGGGCUACGUACGCCACAACGGUCGCUGCAUCAAACGGUGCGACUGUCCGAAGCGACCGCCCUUCCUCUCCGGACGCCCCCUCUCGGGCGAGUACAUUGAUUUUGAGGUCGUCUCGCUCGAGGGUCUGAAAUCGGACGAAGACUUUGGCUACAAACCGAAGGCCGAGUUCCGCAUGCAGAAACCAUCACCACCACGGCUGCCGGCGUACGAGCACAAAAAGUCACUCGGUAUGGCACCGCUGUACCUGCGUACGCUCGGUAGCGCAUCAAACUCGGCCCAAGCGUCAUCGUACGAGCGCGCUGCCCAUACGACCGAACGACCAGCCCUCUAUCCACCGCUGUGCGCUUGCCAUGCGACGAAGAAAAUGCACCCAGUCACUCAUAUGCCGCCGGCCAUGCAGGACACUCGCUCGUACGAGAGCACCGAGGAAGACUCGGACAUUGUGCCGUACGCACCGCUACCGACCGUCGGAUCGUACCGGCAGUCGCAGCCGGCCAAGAGCCUUUUCCCACCGCCGAGCACACCGUCCGCCACCGUUGGACCGUACUAUAUGCCAAGGAAAACGAUUCCAGCACCACCGCCACAGGUACACCGAAGCGAUCUGAACGAACCACUGGAUCAUUUCUGCGGCUCCGGACAGCAAAGCUCGGCCGCACAGGAAGAGCAGCCGAAGAAGCACCCCACCAUUUGGCCACCGGUUAGCAAGCACUGUACACGCUGUGGCUUCCGGCGCCAUUAGACGGUGCACGUGCAAUCCAAAAUCCACCCUCACCCUCGUUGUAAACUAUCUUACUGCACAAUAAAUUAUUAUGUUCGCUUCAUUUUCAAAAAGAACUGUCCG